UUUACCCUGGUCAACAAAGUCUUUUUGUGAAUGUCGACGAGGAAAACCACAAACAAAUUGGCCUAAACAAUUUUUUAAAUCACGAUGGAGAUGGACGAGGACAUUGACGCCGUCCUGCUGCGGCAAUUUAACUGCAUGGGGACGACUGACAAGGAAGUCCUGAUUAAAGAACUGCAGGGCUUAGUGGGUGCGCAUCUCAAUGAACAUUCGGCCAAAUUUUAUCUAGAAAUGACAGAUUGGAAUCUUCAGGCAGCUGUGUGUGCUUACUUCGACCUGCAAUCCUACAAUAAGCUUCCACAAAUGACAUUCGUUAAGGAUAUUACCAUAGGAGAGGGAGAGAGUGUUCCACCUAGCACGAG